CCACAAAUUAUCGAGCGUUUAUAAAUACAUCGGGAAUAAUAAACAAAAUAUAAAUAACAAAAAGUGGACUACUAGCGCUUUACGGCAGACGGCUUACACAUAAAUAAUAAGACACAUAUACUGCAAUUAACAGUUUAAUAGUGAACUUACAGCGACCUAGUGCCGUAGUAAUUGUUAAGGAGCAGCUGUUGAAUUUUCUCUUCGCGACACUGAAAUAUUUAUUACACAACAAAUAAAUCAAAUAACGACAUAUCGACAAUGUGCAACAUUAUAAAAUUGGCAUCGUAGUCUAUAAAUAAUUUGUAAACAAACUGAGAAAGAGGAAAGACGCUCGCUCAAAUAAAUAGCAACAAGGCAUUGACUUUGACCCACUGAUUGAUCUGCAAUUGUAUUCUGUCAUCGGCCGACGUCGACGUCUACGAAAUAAACGUACCGCAUACCCAACAGAUUCACGUGCAGCAGCUGCUCAAAUGGCAAAUCGACAAAUGGCGCAGGCACCAGAAAAUCACUUACGUCUAUCCUGGCAUGAUACUCAGAUGAUGGCCACACUAAGUCCACAGACAGUAAUGGACUAUUUUUGUCGAAAGAGCAACCCGUUCUAUGACCACAUGUGCAACAAUGAAACGAUACGAAUGCAACGUCUAGGAGUCGAGCACUUGCAUAAUAUGCUUGGCAUGGAGUAUAUUUUGCUUCAUGUAGCUGAACCCAUUCUCUAUGUCAUCCGUAAGCAGCAUCGGCACAGCCCCUCAGAGGCUACACCAAUUGCAGAUUACUAUAUAAUUGGAGGCACUGUGUACAAAGCACCCGAUCUGGCAAAUGUUAUAAAUGCGCGUAUACUCAACACAGUUGUAAAUCUGCAGUCCGCAUUCGAGGAAGCCAGCAGCUAUGCGCGCUAUCAUCCCAACAAGGGAUACACUUGGGACUUUUCGUCUAACAAAGUUUUAUCGGACAAGUCUAAAACUGACAAAAAGGAUUCCAAUGCAGCCAAGGAUGAUAGCAGUGGCACUCUCUUUCAAAAACAACGUGUGGAUAUGUUGCUGGCCGAAUUAUUGCGUAAAUUCCCACCGCCUAUACCACCAAUGCUGCAAAAUUUGCAACAGCCACUCCAAGUUGGCCCAGGCGCCGAUGUUGGUAUGGGUGCAAAUUCGGCAGAGAAUAAUGCCAUUGGGCCACUAGAUGUGGCAACAGAGAGCAUAGACAUGAAACCGCCGCCUGAGAAAAAAACGAAAUGAUGUGCGACCGUUUAAAUUAUUUAAUCGUAUAUUUGAUAUUAACUGUAAAGUAAACACAACUUAAACUAAGGCAUUUGAUUUA